AUGCUGCUGGACUUGAUUGACCUUACCGAUCGUGAAAGACGAAAGCCAGUGGAUACGACCACGUGUGGCGCGUUAAGCAAACUACAAGCGAAGAAAUGUGAAAAGGGUGUCAUCGUUGUCGCGCGUUCUGCAGGCACUUCAGCGCACAAGCCCACUGCUGCACCUCUGCUAACGUCCACACCACUUCCACCCCUCGCUGCAGUGAAACCAACAGUUGCGCCCACCAAGGCGCCCGCGAUUAUCGUUAACAAACCACCGAAGCUAUCUUCAGAGCACCUGCAAGUCAAUGCUUCAAAGGUACAGGUCAGCGCGCCAAUUAAACUUCCAACUCCUCCCACAAAUGCGUCAGCCAUCCAAGCGGAGGGCUCGCCAAGGCAGGCCAACCCAUUGCAAGUCACCGGUUUCAUCACUAAAAAUGGUAACAUUUAUGAAGUCACCGAUAUGAAUGGCAUUGGCAUGAUCGAGAGUCGUCAGAGUCCCGAGAGUGAUAAGUCCUCGUAUGUCUGCAAUUAUGGCAGCCUUGUCAUCUACAGCGAUGUACCCUGUAACGAGGUGUCCAAUGUGCGUAUUGGUGAAGUUCAUCACCCGGUGGUGAAUGUCGCUCACCGUGAGCAAAACCAAGAGGCACCUCAGCAGUCUUCGGUCGCAGUGCAACAAGAGAGCGCAGACAAUAGCGCCAAUAACGACGAUGCAAACUCUAACGCGAAUUCGAAUACCGAUCAAGAUGAUGUCGGAAAUGCUGAAGACAGUCACCCAGCACCAGCGAAGAAACGCCGUCGUGUCAACAAGAAUUCCAAAAAUAAGCGUAAACACAACGACAAUAACAACGUUGCUGACUCUAACUCCGAUUCCAAUGAAGUUGAUGAUUUCAACAGCUUUGAUGAUAUUAUCCCAGAACCAGUAAAAAAACGUCGACGAGUGAACAAAAAUUCAAAUACGAGUAAUAAGCGUAGACGCACCGGCUACAACAAUCAGUCAAACUCACUGCGCCAAGGGACUGGCAAUCGACGUCGGCAACAGGCACAACAACAGCAGAAGCGUCGUCGUCCGCAGUAUAAUCGCAGUAAGAGCCAGCAACAACGUAGACGUUUGCAACAUCGCAACCAAAAUGGCAUUCGCAAUGGCCAACGCGGUCAAAGCUACAACAGAAGGCGUUACAGCGACUAUUAUGACUAUGAGUACUAG